AGAUCGUCAGAGUCUCGCCAAGCAGGCCACAGAUCGUGUCUGAUGUCAAGCACCAUAGCAGACGAUGAUGAAGCUUCGCCUGAAGAAUCCUUUUUUGAAACUAAAGGUGCCACAUCCAAUAGAAACGCUUCUUCGUCUUCGGUAAAACAUUAUGCUGAUAAGAAGACAAAAUAUCAAAGUUCAGGACAGCCAGAAUCAGCAUCAUCUUCUGAAUGUUCGGAGAAUGAAGAAUGCAAAUUUCAAAACAGUUGCGCUGAAGAAUAUACACUUUUAGAGGGUCUCACUCCAUUAGAAAGGGCUGAAAGAACUGUGAAGAUAAAGAUAAUAGAUGUGAAGAAAUCAAGAGAUUUUUACAUCCUUUAUUUGGAGGACGAUUCGGUAAAUGAAGGACCCUUUUUUGAAUGCAGCAUCAUGCAAGAUGCCCUGAGAAAACAAUUAUUUGUUACAUUUAAAGAACCAAAGGGUAAGAAGAAAUAAUUUCUCUGAAAAGUGCGUUAAAACAGAUUAAAAUGUCUAAUGAAACAUUUUUUUUUAUAAAAGAAAUAAUAUGUAUUAAAAAAAUUCCCCGAAAAACAACAGGAAGAGUAUACUAUUUUAUUGUAAUUAUAAUGCACAAGCUAAAGAACUUUAUUCUUUUCAAUUUUAGAUGCAAGAGCUUUUCGCCGCAUAAAUUUUGGAGCGAAUAGCAAUAUUUCUGAGGCCACUAAUGCAAGUGUGGAGGAAUUAAACUGGCAUAGUAAUCUUGUUGCAGCAUUUGGUUAUUGCUUUCAGUCCUCAAAAGAAAAAGAUAAACUGAAGCA